CCCUCUCGGAAUCCUAGAUGCAGACUGGAGAUGUGGCCUCCAGGAGAGAAGAGAAGAAGAAAUGGAGCCCUUUACCCCACGGUUCAGGCCUGUAUCCUCUCUCUCUGGAGAACCAGAUUCAGAGCCUAGCACCUUGGAUUCCCAAUCUUCGACCACCCUGUUCCUCUCCUCCGAGGAGCCAGGCCCCUCCACUGCCGCGCUGCCGUCCCCUUCGUCGUCCUGCGAACCCUCUGCGUUCUCCCCGGGGCCCCCUGCGCUGCCACAACUGCUGCCUUCGCUGCCCGCUGCGCCCGCACCCCCGGCCUCGGGCUCGGGCGUCCCUAGGCGCGCCGGCCUCCACUCGGUGGUUGCCUCGUCCCCGGAGGCAGUCUCGCGCCUCCUGGACUGGCUGCCCAGCGGCCCCUCCGCCACCCCUCCAGGCGCCCGCGGGGAUGAGCGCGAUCGGCCGGGGCCGCGCGCCCCGCGCCCUGGCGCAGCGGGCAGGGAGGAGGCCGCUGAGGACCUGCGCGCUUCCCCGCAGCCCUGCGCCCGGCCUGCCGCCUCCGCCAGUUUGGAAGCCAAUGUUGGGGACAUCCUGGUGGAGCUGAGGACAAUGAAUGGUCACCUGGACGUCAUCGCGAGGGCCCUCACCAAAUUGGCCUCGUCCCUGGGGCCGCAGCCGCCGACCCCGCCGGAUGCCCCAGAUGCCAAGUGA